AUGCUCGGCCACCACGAUGUUCGAAAAUACUUCAAUCGACGGCUAGCAUUGUCAUGUAGCCUUAUCGCCCUCUCCAGCUUCAACUAUGCUUUUGAUAACCAGGGCUUUGCCCAGACGCAAGCCAUGGAUGAUUUUGCGAAAAGAUUUGGGGUCUACGAUGCCAAAACCAAAGCCUGGGCGCUCGACACUCAGUGGAAGUCAUACUUCAACGGAUUGCCCUAUUUGACCUUUGCUUGUGGUGUGAUCAUUGGCAGCUUCAUAAGUGCCCGAUUCGGCCGGCGAUGGUGUAUGUUUGUCAUGAGCAUCUACGCUCUGGCUACCGCCACGAUUACCACCACUUCGCAAUCCAGCAAUCAAAUAUUAGCCGCGAGAAUCCUCAAUUACAUCUAUAUUGGCAUGGAACUCUCUGUCGUUCCUGUGUUCCAAUCCGAGAUUGCUCCCACCCAAGUUCGUGGCUUCAUGGUGGGCACAUAUCAGUUGACCAUUGUGUUCGGAGGAAUGGUGAUUGGCUGGGUUUGCGAUGGAACCAGCAAGAUACACGAUGAACGUUCGUGGAGGAUACCUUUGGGGCUUUUCUUUAUCAUCCCAACCAUCAUAGCAUCUCUCAUAUGGUUUAUUCCAGAGGUUAGAUCUUCUCAAUUUUGGGUUCCUGUGAUGUUCUCCGAUGUUAACCGCGAGCAGUCCCCUCGAUGGCUUCUCAUUCAAGGUCACACGGAAGAAGCGCGAGCCAACUUAACAAAGUUACGAGAAAGAGCAUUCGAUUUGCAUGAAAUCGAGGAAGAAUUCCUUUCAAUUCAAACGGGGUUGCAAAAUGAACCAGAGCAGAGUCAUUUCAAGGAAUUGUUCUCAAGAUCUAACCGAAAGCGAACAGCGAUUGUUGUUGGGCUCAACUUCUUCCAGCAGGCUACGGGACAGGCAUUUGCCUCGCAAUAUGGCACUAUUUAUGUCAAAUCCCUGCAAACGAUAAACAGCUUCAACUUCAACGUCAUUAAUGGCUUCAUCGGACUUGUCAUAGUUUUACUAUGCCUCUACCUCAACGAUAGGGUUGGCAGAAGGCCUUUGCUUUUGAUCGGUGCAGCAAUUCAAGCAACAGCUUUACUUACCAUGGGGGGGCUUGGCGUGAAUAUUCCGUCCUAUUCUCAAAAGUCAGCAAUUGUUGCAAUGCUUUCUUUGUUCACGAUAGGCUUCAAUAUAGGAUGGGCAGCGUUGACAUAUGUUGUCACAACUGAGAUACCAACUCUCCGCUUACGAGACAACUCGCAACGGAUUGCAUCUGUUGCAAAUGUUCUGACAUUUUUCGCUGUUUCGUUUAGUCUGCCAUAUCUUAUGGAUUCCGGUUAUGCAAAUCUUCAGUCAAAGGUCGGCUUUAUUUACGGUAGUCUUUCUAUCGCUUCGAUUGCUUUUGUUUACUUCUGCGUGCCAGAAUGCCAUGGAAGAUCAUUCGAAGAAAUCGACCAGCUAUUUCGGAAGAAUAUCCCACUCAGGAAAUUCUGCAAGCAUGAAAGAUCACUCCAUGAUGAUGAGGCACAUAUCACAGACUUCUCAGCAAGCAAAAAGGUUACUAAUAUCGGCUGA